UACAACGACGACUACGACUGCGAGUAUAUGUAUCAAAUGUAUUUUCGUAUUUUCCUUUAGUUCAUUGCUCCAACUCUUUCAGUACAAACGUGUGUCGUGUUCAGGCGCCAUAACGCGUUGUUCAUUGGUUCAUUCUAUCGUUGUCGUCUUCGCUGCCGUGCGUGAGGUAAACUGAGUGGAGUCUGUUGAGUGUCGUCGUUGUGAGCAAAGAAAAGAAGGAAAUAUAAAUACCACCACUACUGUGAGAAAAAUAACUAGCCAUUAACAAGACAUAUAAAGCAAAAGUCCCCGCAACGAAAUGAAAACAUUCACUGUGUAAAUUAAAUAAAGCCAAUAAAUUUUAAUAAAAAUGCAUAUCGUGACAAGUGAAACACUUUUCAAUUAUCAACCAUAUCAAUAAAAUUCCCCCGGCCACCAUCCUCCUUUAGCCCCCAAACCAUAAACCCAUUGAAAAUGAUUUGCUCAGGGGGUAGCCUACAGAACAAAGUUAUCUCGGGCAAUAAAAAGACCAACAUGCAAGAUCUACGUUUACGCGUUGAACAUCAUCGUCAUCAGCAUCAGCACCAACAACAUCAACAACAACAGCAACAUGUGACGUCGUCUACACAGCAUAUACAACCAUCAAGUCUGGGCAGGCGACCACCACCCAUUCAUACUUUACCUCAAAUUAGCAUAGGUUGCAAUGAUGACAGCAAUAUUGUGAAACAUCAUCCACAUCAAGUGCCGCUCUCACCCAGUUCAGAGGAGGAUAAUUCGGUCACGGAAAUGAACAAUUGCCGUCGUUUAUUGGAUAAACCACCACUGGUAAAACGUUUAACCAUGGGCAUUGGUUUGAAAAGAUCCACCGAAGAUAGUCGACCCCUGGUGCUGCCCACAACGCCAACCACCCUUAACACCUACACCACGCAAAAUUUUUCCGAUGGCUAUGUGAACGAGGCCAUUUGUGAUCCGGAUAAAUUUAUUUCAACACGUUUUGGUGAUUCAUGUCGACAAUCGUUAACGGAUUUAAAAAGUACCCAAUGUUUUCCCGAACCAAAUACGGAAUUUGGAUAUCAAAAAUCUUUUCUAAGGAAAACUUGUAGUGCCAAUUCCAGUCCAAAGAUUAUAUCUCCAAGUGGAACUUUGCGUUUCGAAGGCCUUACAAUGGCCGAAGAAAAUGAAUUGAAGGGAGCACCUUGGUUUCAAGCCGGCCUACCCAGAGAGAUAUCGUUGGAAGUCUUAUCGAAACAAAAUCCCGGCUCAUUUUUAGUUCGGCAAAGCAAUACGAAGCCCGGUUGUUUUGCAUUAUCACUACGUGUACCUCCACCAGCUCCCAAAGUGGCACAUUAUUUGAUUUUAAAGACUCCUAAUGGUUACAAAAUUAAGGGUUUCACGAAGGAAUUUUCAUCGUUAAGAGCCCUUAUUACCCACCACUCGGUUAUGCCAGAACUAUUGCCCGUGCCUUUAAAUCUGCCUAGACCCACAACGAAUAUGUCGUCGAACAGCAGCACACGUGAUAAUAGGGGCAACAGUUUGGACUCUGGCCAUUUCGAUACAUAUGGCUCAUUAAAUGAUUUUCGCAAGAUGAUGUCCGAUUUGAAUGUAUGACUACAAGAUGAUGAUCUUCUGAAUGGAGAUGGAUGGCCAAAAUAAAAACAAAAAAUAACAUUUAAAAAAGACCCCUUAAUUAAGAAUAUAUAUAUAUUUUUUUUUGUCAAAUAUAUAUGUAUGUACUAAAAUAAUAAUCCCCUGGGAUCAAAUGGAUUUGUGUUUUUGUAAUUGUUUUUUUUUUUCUAAUAAUUUAUAAUUUUGCCAAGUGUAUGCCACGGAUUUAUAAACAAUUGAACCCAUUUCAUUAUUUUUCUAAUGCUAUUUGAAUUUAUAGUUAAAUGUGUAUA